GAAGCAUGGUAUCUCCUUCCUCUCUGACUGUCUCAAACCACAUACAUCUAGAAAAAUGUUCAGGUUCCUUCCAGUUCUGCUGCUUGAAAUCCAGAUUCAUUCGAUAACAGCUUCACUCAUAGUGGAAGUUCUUCAGCCUCGUUACCGGGCAGAGCUUGGGGACGACGUGAUAAUGGGAUGUCGCUUUCGAGCAUCUGAACCAUUAAAUUUGACACGUUUAAGCGUCUUAUGGCAAGCAAGGCUGUCACGGGAAGAUGCAGCAAAAGAAGUUUACAAGCUCACCAAAGGUCAAGAAGACCUCACACAGCAACACAGAGACUUUCGGGGGAGAGCCACCGUACUGCAGGCAGAAUUAAAAAUGGGAUGUUCUAUGUUGCGUCUCACCAAUGUAAAGCUCAGAGAUGCAGGAACUUAUAUUUGUCUUGUUGACUAUAAAGGAGAUGACUACAAAUAUAUUAAUUUGGAAGUUGAAGCACGCUACAAGAAAAUAAAUAUCCAGGAAACAAGAGAAGAAGAGGACAUGAUCUUAACUUGCCAGUCAGAAGGCUAUCCUCAGGCUGACAUCUCCUGGUACAGUGAGAACGAUGCCAAUUUCAGUACGUUUGCAAGCACUACAUAUGAAAUGACAGAUGAUGGACGUUACAACAUAACCAGUGUCUUGAGAGUCAAACCAAGCAUUUAUGAAAACUACACCUGCAUAUUCUGGAAUAAGGAACUGAAUGAAAAAACAUCAGCGCACAGAGCAGUGUUUCUAUCAGGCAAAAGAAGAAGGAAAGCUCAAUUACCAAAGAGACAUUCAGAUCUUUGAGUGAAGGAUUGUGCAGUGACAGUUACACACUGAGGAGCUUGAACAAAGACCGAAAACUUUUCAUCUGUGCUGCUUGCAGUUUUGCACUUUGCAUUUAUUCCCCUUUUAGAAAUGUUUAAGGAAGUAACAGCACUUCAGAGAUAAAUAACACUGAGGGUUCUCCUUUUUGUCAGUGCUGCACCAUGUUCUUCAUGCAUUUCAGGACUGAUUUGUGCAUUUCAGCACUAUGAAAACUGUGUCGCUGGUCAGCAUUUUAAGGGGUUAUCCAAGUACAUUUCAUGUUUUCUGUGACUAUGUAUACUGUUUGUGUUU